GAGGACCCGCCACGACAGGCUGAUCAUGAUUGUUCCUUGCUGUCCGGGGACUGUGCCCUCAGGGUGUUGCUUAAUAGUUUCUCCUCUUGUCCUGCUUCCGUUAUGGUUGUGGCAUACUACUGCGGAUGUGGCGAAAUACACGCAGGUAUAUGAAGAAUGGAAGGGAGCUAAGGAUCAGCGAACCCUCGAGCGCUCCCGCGGAGGUAGCGAAGUACAUGCAGCUGUUUCAAGAGCAGAAGGCCGCUAAAGAUCGGCAAAUGCUCGAGCGAAAAGCGACGCUGACCAGGAUUCGUAAGGACAUAGAGGAUUUGCGAUCGAGGAUGUGCUCGAUUCUGGACAAGGCUCCCAAGCUUAGGCCUUUGGUAGAUGUCCGUAAUUGCCGGUGGCGCUACACAAAACCAGGAAACAUACCCGACGUCGGCGUAUCAGCGGCAGUGUCAACGACGAGAACUGGUUCUGGUAUAUUGGCAGAGACUAGAGAAGAGAUUCAAGAUCUAAUCGCACACCAGAGGCGCGUAAUAAAGAACUAUAUAGCACUGACAGGACGACGGCGAAAACGUCUCCGAAAAAUGAUCCAACACAAAGAAGGACUGCUACAGGAACAAAGUGCUAGCGCUUCAGAAAAGCCCGACGAAGGAAUGAAGAACCAAGCGGCCGAGUUACAGGCAGCAGAGAGUGAUCAACGUCGCAUGGAGGCGGACGUGAGUAAUGCGGAAGAACUACUGCGAUCCGCUCGAGAGGUCCUGAAAACUUACCGACAGAAGCUGCGUGAAAUGAAACGCAGACCACAACGGCGACGGAAUCCGUUGCGUUCUGUCAAACGCAGCCCGCUCAUCACGGGUCCGUCGGUGACGGCCGAGGCUCAGUCAACAUCAGACACGGAUGUGUCUGACGCCGGGGAAGGCGGCAGCAAUGCUGGUUCGACAGGCAUUACAGGCAACGUCCGUGGCGACGUCCGUACGGCCCCACAAAGGGGCGCGUCAGAGGGAAGGCUGGCUUCAGACACCUCGGCAGCCACUCCAACACCGAGGGAGCCUCGCCCGAGUCAAAGCGGUAGACGGAAGCGAAAGGGGCAAGGUGAGAGAGAUGUCCCUCUUACUGGAAUUCUGUUGAAAGGAAACGGUACUCGGUGCCACUCCGGAAGAGCCCCAGUAGAUGGUCUUGGAUUCUCUGGCGUGAAGAGUGAGCACACGUGUUGAUGUGAAACCAAACAUGAAUUUUCUGUCUUGCUUACGUGCCCAGAGCUCUACCUUCCAAGGUCAGUUGCGUCAGUGACCAGAGCCAUAGAGACGUACAACCUGGGAAUGCCCCUGGAACGAUUUACCACGAAAUAUUUAAAAUCGACUGAAGAGCCAAGACGUGUCGACGGGGGUGGACUGUGUCCAUGGUGUGGAUAUGCGCCAACGUUGGCUUUUGACACGAGCUGCGUUGGAAUCAGCUCCUGUCAGUUGACGGACUAUCUAUCGGCGUGCGUCAGCCAGGUGACAGGAGGAUGAGGCUGCCGUCGGUAUAGCGUGACAAUGCCGUCUUCAGACGGCUGGGAACGAGCGUUGACAUGCAGAUUUGGAACGCACGCGCGUAGAAAACAGUGAGGUGGCCGCCCCGACAGUGAGUGGCGU